AAUGUGUCUGUCAGUGAUGUUUUCCUUGUGCUGUGCUCAGGUCUGGGAGGUGAACAUGAGGCUAAAGCUGCAGGACAUGGGCAGAGAACUGGGAAUGAGUCCCAGCAGCUCAGAAGCACCUCCGAUGAGCGCCCAGGAUACCCAGCGUGCCGCUCUCGCUGACCUGGAGUCUGCAGCUCUGGAGAAAGCAGCGGCUGCAGAGAGGUACUCCAGGUGGUAUUUUGAUGCCCGCUUGGUCGCGCGUCGGGCAUUGCGAGAGCUGGCAGAGGCUCUGGCACACCCGCUCGCCCGCACCCCGCACACCCUGUCAGCGGUGGUGGGGGACACCGUCACUGGCCUGCUCGGCGCCGUCAUGGAGCCAGCCAAUCACAGAGCGUCGAGCAGGGCCUUCAGCGAGGUGGCGGUGGGCGUGGCCGUUUGUGUGCACAAAGACCUGCGCGCAGCGGGAUGGGCGGAGGAGCGAGCUUUCGGGGCGCAGUGCUGGAGGUGGGCCAGGCCCAGCAUGAUGGGGGUGCUCCACAAGGCCCUGCUGGAGCAGACCGGGUCACCUGGGGCCCUGCAGGCCGCCCUGAGAGGGAACAGCGCCGCGGUCACCUCCGCCAUCGCCACCGCCAUCGCCAAGGCCCUUCUCACGGCUGCUGAUACAGCCCUGAACGCCGGCCCUGCCACGCCCGAGGAAGAGGGGCAGAUUCCUGCAGCAUCAGAUCCUGUGGACACUGCAAUGCAAACUGAGACACCAGCAACAUCUCUGGUGAAGACAGAUGCACACAAGACUACACUGGAGGAAACUGACUCCCAAAAGACUCCACUGGAGGAAAUGGACUCCCAAAAGACUCCACUGGAGGAAAAGACAUCACUGGAGGAAGUGGACUCCCAAAAGACAUCUCGGGAGGAAGUGGACUCCCAAAAAAUAUCCUGUGAGGAAAUGGACUCCCAGAAGAUAUCCUGUGAGGUAAUUGACCCCCAAAAGACUCCACUGGAGGAAAAGACAUCCCCGGAGGAAAUGGACUACCAACAGAUGUCCAGGGAGGAAAUGGACUCCCAAAAGACAUCCUGGGAGGAAACUGACUCCCAAAAGACAUCCUGGGAGGAAACUGACUCCCAAAAGACUCCACUGGAGGAAAAGACAUCCCCGGAGGAAAUGGACUCACAAAAAACAUCCCUGGAGAAAAUGGACUCCCAAAAAACAUUGCUGGAGGACUCACAAAAAACAUCCCUGGUGGAAAAGACAUUCCGGAAGGAAAUGGACUCCCAAAAGACUCCACUGGAGGAAAAGACAUCACUGGAGGAAGAGACAUCCCGGGAGGAAAUUGACUCCCAACAGAUGUCCUGUGAGGAAAUGGACUCCCAAAAGACAUACUGGGAGGAAAUUGACUCCCAAAAGACUCCACUGGAGGAAAAGACAUCACUGGAGGAAGAGACAUCCUGGGAGGAAAUGGACUCACAGAAAACAUUGCUGGAGGACUCACAAAAAACAUCCCUGGUGGAAAAGACAUUCCGGAAGGAAAUGGACUCCCAAAAGACUCCACUGGAGGAAAAGACAUCACUGGAGGAAGAGACAUCCCGGGAGGAAAUUGACUCCCAACAGAUGUCCUGUGAGGAAAUGGACUCCCAAAAGACAUACUGGGAGGAAAUUGACUCCCAAAACACUCCACUGGAGGAAAAGACAUCACAGGAGGAAAAGACAUCUCGGGAGGAAGUGGACUCCCAAAAGACAUCUCGGGAGGUAGUGGAAUCCCAAAAGACAUCCUGUGAGGAAAUGGGCUCACAAAAAACAUUCCUGGAGGAAAUGGACUACCAAAAGACAUCCUGGGAGGAAAUGGACUCCCAAAAGACAUCCUGGGAGGAAAUGGACUCCCAAAAGACUCCACUGGAGGAAAAGACAUCCCUGGAGGAAAAGACAUUUCAGGAGAAAAUGGACUCCCAACAGACGCCUUGGGAGGAAAUGAACUCCCAAAAGACAUCCCGGGAGGAAAUGGACUCCCAAAAGACUAUAUCCCUGGCUGAAAGUGAGGCGGCUAUGACAUCACCACUGCAAACUGAGGUUGAAAUGGCAGCGCUGGAGGAGAUCACUAUGACUGAAGAACCUCUGGCAGAGGAGAGAAAAAAGCAGGAUGGAUUUGACAUGCAGAUCCCAGUUCCCCUGGAAACAGCAGCGGGGGAUAAACUCCUGGGCCUUCCACACAAGGCAAAGAAGCAGAAAAAAGGAAUCAGGCGCUUCUUCGGUCACUUGUGGAAGGCCCUGAAACGCAGCUGCUGCUGCUGCGUUUCUGUGGAGACCACCUGAGAUUUUACAUGUUUAAAUGUCUGUCUGUGUGUCCGUCUGUCUUUUCUGUCUAGAUAUUGCCUACCUGCCUGUCCUGUGUCUGUCUGUCUUGUUUGUCUGUCUGUUUCUGUCUGUUUUGGAUCUUCCCUUCAGCAAGAAGAAUCAGCCAGCAAAAUUCCUUCAGCGCAAAAAAAAAAAGAAAAAAAAACCACAAA